CGGGAAAGCCAUCAUCGCCGACAGUUAUUAUUAUGUGAAUCUACACAAUACGGCGCCACCAUAACUAUACAAGGUACAUGCCAUCAAUAGCAGUGAGUGGCGUUGUUCUCUGCACUGGCUAUGGAGGGUACCGGGAGCGAUCCACCUCGCAAGCGGGAGAGGUCGGACUUCUCGCACAUGCCCCCCUCCAAACGCGCGUUGAUGAUGUCGCAGAGUGGUAGUUCUAAUUCUCCUAAGCGUAGCUCACCUACAGCAUCGAAGAAGAACGCAAAGAAUUCAACCAGCACAAACACGGCAGAAAAGAGAGAUGUAAAUCACGAGGUUAAAAGUGAAAGUGGUGCACCUGGUGUUAAGCGCGAAGACAGAGUCAAGCUGAGUAGUAGGUCGGUGACUGGACUGGAAGAUAUGCCCCAGGACGCCACCCCAGAGGAACCAGAAGAAUGGGCGGGCAUAGACAUCGGCACACACAAGAAAAAGCAACUGGUAUUAAAGAUCGGAUUCCAGAAAACUGAGUUACAGGCAGCGGAGACACGGUACAAGAUGCAGGUCAAGAAGGUGAACCGUUUAGAACACGCCGUGGGGGUGAUUGAAGGCCACUGGGAAUCCUUGAGCAUGGACCUGUUAGCGCAAUACGCAAAAAUCAAUCCUAAGGCCACGCCUGAAGACCUGGAGCCAGACAAGUAUUCCAACGCCGUCAGCAAGUACAUUGGCGAGCUCAAGCUGCAUGAAGGCACAGACAAUAUGCGAGAGGACGUGUUGCUUGGUAAAUGCACCGCGAGUCGUGACCUUGUGGCGCAGAUCAUCACACAGAUAGAGGAGCAGUCGCUGGCCAACUACAAGCUGUACGAGCUGCUACGGGAACAAUUUGAAGACGCUGAGGCAUUCGAUACCAUCCGCAAAGACAACGAACAACUACACACCCACAACCGCACACUGCGCGAGCAAGUCAACGCGUUUGAGGCCAAGACACGCCACGCCAUAGAAGAGCUGCACCGCGUCAGAGAGGUCACCACGGCCGCCGAAAACGGCAAGGAAGGGUAUGAGCAGCGCAUAGACACUCUGCUGGACGAGAAGGAGACGCUGUACCGACAGGUCAGGAAGCUCACGCAGCAGAUCAAGGAUGACGCCGACGCCAGAGGCAGGGAACGCGACACGCAGGCCAAGCACGACGCCGAUGCACGCGCAAUCAAGCACGACAACGCCGAUGUCGACACCAAAGACACGAAGACGGGCAGCGACACUGCUACUCUCGCCUCCGACGAAAUGCAGCAGAAAUACACAGACGCUCUGCAAGAGAGUGCCAAACGCCUAGCCGAGAUAGAACAACUGAGGACAGAACGGUCCAAAAUCAUGACGGAAUUGGACAGGCUGCGGGUGGUGAAAGUACCGGAGAAGCAGAUCACGGGCAGUCCCAGGUAUCGCGUGGUGCUGGCGCAGUUGGCGGCGGUGUCCAAGCAGCUAACCGAUCUCACGCGCACAUACGAGCGCGCCCAGACCGAAGUGCAGCAGAUGACCACCAACCGACGCACCGACUUUGAAAUGGGCGAGGUUGCGUUGAUGGACUUGCGUGAGAAACAUGCAAAGGAAAUACUCCAGCACGAGCAAGAGAUGGCUCUGUGCCGCCAGGAACGCGACAAGUUCAGGAGGAAUUGCGAACAGCUGACACACACCAAGCAGGCCGAAUUCACCAAGACAGCCACCACAGACCUGAUCAAGAGCAUGCAGUCUGCCACCAACAUAAUGAUGAGCGACUUACAAAAGACGCGUGAAAGCAAAGAGAAGAAGAAUGCCGAAUUAGAAGACAAACUCAGCAAACCCACCAGCACCACAAAUAGUAAUAGUAAAGACCAAUCGCGUGCCAGUGGCAGCGCCAGCGCAUCAUCGCGAGAGAUAGAGAAGCUGCAGGAGCAGUUGCGAAUAGAAAAGAACAAGGUAAACGAAGUAAACACGUUGUUGACUGUCUAUAAGUCGACAUCUAAACUCAAGGACAGCACGCGCGACGCUCUGGUGGCCGAGCGCAAAUUAAUAGACCAGGUCAAUGAUCUCAAGAAACGACUGUACAAAUGUAAGGAGGAGGAGAGGGACAGGGGCUCAGGCAAACUCGACAAGGCCACCGAAAAGGCCCUCAAACAGACCAUCCAGGACAAGGAUGAAGAAAUAACUAUUUUCAUGAACGAAAUGGAAUCUAUCAGCAAAUCCUAUUAUGAAGUGCAAGAACACAAUGUACGAUUACUCGAACAAAUCACCAAUCUGGAAGACAACAACGUAGUGUUGCUAUCGUCAAUGAACAAAACGGAAGCGAGUGUCAAGUUACUGAACGAAGCGAAGAGCGAAGCCGACAACAAGGCUCUCCAACUCAAACACACCGUGGACACGUCGCACGCAUUAGUCAGCGCACUCGAGGAACGAAUCAAGAGCAUGAAAGACCAAAUAACAAUAUUAGAGAAGGACUCGUGGACCAAACAACAGGCCCUGGACAUCCACAAGAAGAAGUCCGUUGAGGCGCUGCAAGCGGAGUGCGAAGUCAAGCUGCUCCUCGCCCAGGAGAAAGCACGCGCCGACGAAUUAGAUAAACUCGUUCAGACCAAGAAUGAGGAAAUACAGACCAUCGAGCAUCAAAAGAACCGCCUCCAGGAGAAAAAGAAUAAGCUGGAGAAGCAGUUAAAUCGAACCGGACCAAAUGGAGAAUCCGAUGAAGUUAGCGAAAGAGAUGUCCUCGAGGAAGAGAUUAAGUCUUUGAAGGAGUUGGUUAUGUGCACACUUUGCAAGAGGAGGAAAAAGAACACCAUGCUAACCAAGUGCCAACAUGUGUUCUGCAAUGUUUGUAUCACGGAUCGGUACGAGUCUCGUCAAAGGAAGUGUCCGAACUGCCUGGACCCUUUUGGCGCCAAGGACAUCACCAGCAUGUAUUUGUUCUAGUUUACAGCCACUCCGUAAAAGUAGCGAUGUACUCGUCGAGCUCGUGCGAAUUCCCGCCAUCGGUCAUGGUUAUGAGCUCUCCAGAAGAGAUUUAUACCAAUUGCUAACGUCUGAAUCAAGGCAUAUAUAAAGUCAGUCAAAGCGAUUGUAAGCACAUUACCCAAAGUAGUGUAGUGUAGACUUUCAACUGCAAUAUAUCGAAUACUGUUGUUGAAAAAAAAAUGUGGCUCAUCGAUAAUCAAUUUGCAGUAACUGCAACCAGAGCGUUAAAAUGAUCAUCACAC